GUUCCAGCAGCAGAGUUCGCCAUUUUGUAGGCAGAUUAGUUUGUGCGGUGUACGAAAGUAGCUACUGAAAAAACAGUUCUUACCUAUUAAUUCGUAUUUUGGGAUACAUCAAUCGUUAGAUACGAUGCGGCAGUCAAAGCGAAUGCGUUCCCCUGGUGUUUGGCUCAAUGAGUUCAGUUGGGAGGAGAGAGUGGAGAGCCGAAAGCGACAGAAGCGAGAUGAUUCGCACAGCAGUGAAAGGGAGAACAAAUCUCGAAGACUUCACCACCUCAAAACAAAUGAAGGGCAUUACCUGGAGACCCGCAGCCUGAACCAGCAGAGGCUAGAGUCUAAGGACAAGGGGGCCAGAGUAGCCAGCCUGGAGAUGGGCUACGACGAGGACAGCAGGGGCGCCUCCAGGGAUAGAGACGGAGACCGCGAGAGGGACAAGGAGUGGCACCACUACAGCAAGUCAUCUGGUCGGAGUGGCAAGAGCGGCCGCAGCAGACGCAGUAGCCGCCGAGGGCGGAGACGCAGCCCUUCUCACCGACGCUCCUCUUACUCGAGGAGCCAUCAUCGCAGGAGCAGGAAAAGAUCCAGGAGUGUUGAGGAUGAUGACGAGGGUCACCUGAUCUAUCACAGGGGAGACAUGCUGAGAGCGAGAUAUGAGAUUGUGUCCACUCUAGGAGAAGGAGCCUUUGGGAAAGUCGUGGAAUGCAUCGAUCACUCUAAAAGUGGUGCUCGCAUGGCACUGAAGAUCAUUAAAAACAUUGACCGCUACCGCGAGGCGGCAAUGGCAGAGGUGGAGGUGCUGGAGCAGAUGAACUCUCUGGACUGUGACCGGAGAUAUGCAUGUGUGAGGAUGCUGGACUGGUUCGACCACCAUGGUCACGUGUGUAUAUCGUUUGAGCUGCUGGGGCUCAGUACCUAUGACUUCCUUAAGCAGAACAACUUCCAUCCGUUCCCUGUAGAACACAUCAGAAUCAUGGCCUACCAGAUCAUCAGAGCUGUACGAUUCCUACAUAAGAACAAGCUGACACACACUGACCUGAAGCCGGAGAACAUUCUGUUUGUGGACUCGAAGUACGACAUCGAGUACAACGCCAAAAUGAGGCGUGACAAGAGGACGUUGAAGAACCCAGAUGUGGUGGUGGUUGAUUUUGGCAACGCCACGUAUGAACAUGACCACCAUACCUCCGUAGUGUCCACACGCCACUACCGCGCUCCAGAGGUCAUUCUGGGUUUGGGAUGGGACCAUGCCUGUGACGUGUGGAGUCUGGGCUGUAUCCUCAUAGAGUACUACCUGGGAUCAACUCUCUUCCAGACCCAUGACAGUAAAGAACACCUGGCUAUGAUGGAGAGGGUCCUUGGCCCCAUACCUGUACACCUCCUGCAGAAAACCAGGAAGCGUCGGUACGUCCACCGUUACAAGCUGGACUGGGACGCACACAGCUCUUCUGCCAGAUAUGUGAGGAAACACUGCAAACCGCUCAUGCAAUACAUGACUGCCCAGAGUGCUGACCACGAGCAGCUGUUUGACUUAAUCCAGAAGAUGCUGGAGUAUGACCCGGCUGAACGCCUCUCCCUGGACCAGGCUCUCAGACACCCCUUCUUCACCUGCCUACGCAAGGCCACCAAAAACUGACCUUUCACCCCAACCUGACCCUGCCUGUCACAUGACAACCGUUGUGGCAAUGGCCAUCGCCAUGACAACCAUGAUUGACAAUCGCUGUGGCAAUACUUUCUGACUCUCCGGGAGAGGUUGUUUAGCACUGACUGUAUCAGUCCGCCCACGUGGCUCCAUAGUCCAUUGCUGUCAUGCUAGUUAGUGUUAAUUUAUUGUGUGGUAGUAUUGUAGUAGCAACUGUUUGUACUAAUUAAUCUGAUGCAUUAUUGAGUUGUACAAUUUUUGAUCAAGUCCCUUUUUUCAAUAUGACUGGAUUUGUAACUUUUGGAAUAUCGCUGUGUACAUUUCUCAAUAAAAACUUAUGAACUAUGAA